UCGUGGGGAUUCCCUUCCGCGCCGAGCUCUCGAGCGGAGUCCCGGCGUGGCCGGAGGCGGCGGCGGCGGCGCGAUGUGUUCGGCCGGGGAGCUGCUGCGGGGCGGCGCCGGCGGCGGGGAGCUCGACGAGGACGGGGCGGCGCCGGCGGAGCGGGCGGAGGAGCGGGAGCAGCGGGCGAGCCCGCGGCGCGGGCGGCCGCAGGACGGGAGCGAGCAGGAUGUUGAAGAAUCACAAAAUCACAUUGGCGAGCCUGUUGGAGAUGACUACAAAAAGAUGGGAACACUUUUUGGUGAACUGAACAAAAACCUCCGCAACAUGGGAUUCACAAGGAUGUAUUUUGGAGAACGAAUUGUGGAACCGGUAGUGGUCAUUUUCUUUUGGCUUAUGCUAUGGUUCCUUGGCCUACAAGCCCUUGGACUAGUUGCUGUUCUUUGCCUUGUCAUUAUUUAUGUACAGCAGUAAAACAUUGGACAUUUAGUAGCCAUAUAUGUAAUUGAUUGAGAUAUACACUUGGGCUUUUUGAAAGCCCAAAGAGUGUGACAUAUUUCAUACUGUGUACUGGCUGUUUUGUAAUUAAAAUUAUAAAUGAAUGUUCUUUAAAAUUCAAGCUUAUUAAAACUCUUUUUCACUCCUGUAAUCUGUACCUACCUUUAGACACCUGCUUCCCCAAGCCCAAUCUGAACAUCACCAGACAGUAAGAGGGGAAUAGCAUGGCAUGGAGUCUCAGAGAAGCAGUGUAAUUCUUGUUAAGUUCCAAUAAAAACACUUUGAAAGAAAAUGGGAAAAGUAGCUAAGAAUAAGGUUUAAUUGGAAAACUGUUCCAGCCAUACCUCCACUGAAAAAUGCCAUUUUGGGGAGAUAUUUGUCUCUCUGUCAGCUCUCAGUAGUCCAAAACAAAGUAAAUGAUAACUGCCACAUACCGCCAUAGUGCUGUGGAAAUUAAAAUCUAGCUGUUUCCUGAAACUGAAAAUAAUAUAUUUAUUAUUGUUGGUAAAGUUUUGGGGUUAAGUGUAAGUUUUUAUAUGUUAUACUUGGACUUCAUUACAUUGUUUGUAAACUUAGAGACGACUCUGGUGCUAAUUUCUUUGUGUGGGUUUUUAAGGCUGAGUGCCUGUAAUCUUGUACCUAGUUUGUUGCAUGUUUUUCCUACAGACAUUUCAGUGCAUUUUCUCCCAAAAGUUUAUAAUUUUAUAGUUCUUUUCUAACAAUUAUUCUAAGAUUUAAGACAAUGCAUUUCCUGUUGUGGUGUGUAGUUUGUUUUUUUUUUUUGUUUUGUUUUGUUUUGUUUUUUCCCCAAGAGUGAUUUCUAUCUUCCUUAAGAAAAAAGAAAGUCAGAUCAUUUUUCUUUGAUAUCUGUAUUUAAGAGUACAAAACUACAGAAUAACAUCACAUGUUUAAAUUUAGAACUUGAUAGCCACUUGUAAUAUUCUAGGAUUAAAGCCAACUGCCUAGCCAUGUUUUUAAUGUAUACUAUGGCUUUUUAUUAUAUUGAAACAAGAAAUUCUUUAAAUACAGUUUGAAAAUGAGAAAUGA